UGUUCGUUUUAGCUGAACUGGCUGCACUAGUUCAGAGUUUAUCUUUUUCUUUCCAAUAUGGAGAGAAAAAGAUAGACUCUGAAUUAGUGCAGCCAGUUCAGCAAAACGAACAGACCCUUUCCCUCUCAUGAUAUAGCAAAGUGCGACAUAUGCUGAUCAAAUUGUCAAAAUUUAAAUACUAGCUUAAAAAUGCCGAAACGCCCUUGUCCCUUCGAAGCGGACUUGCUACCGCAGGUAAAAGUGCAUGUGGGACAAAAACAGAUGAACAACGGCGUGUUGAGAGAUGAACGGAUGAAGGAUGUUUACGACAAGACUCUGACUCUGCUCAAGACAGGUGCAAAGACACUCUCGUAUAAAUUGAAAGCAUCUGCGCAAAUGGAUUCUAUAGAUUUACCUUUUCUGCAACAACUGUCACCUUGCAAAUUAAAAUCUACAUCUAAUCUAAAACAGAUGCUAUUGACAGACAAAUUACAAUUGAAAGUUAGCAAUAAGAUCAUCAAUGAUAUUCAGAUGGAUCUUUGUGGAUGUUGUCGGUUAAUAGAUCAAUCUAUAAUAAGCAAAUGCUAUUAUUGUGAUCAAAUACUAUGUUCUUCUUGUUUGUUUGCUUGCGCUGGCUGUUCAGAAACAUUCUGUCAGAAUUGCUCUUUAUCUGUAUAUAAUUGUGAAGAGCAAAUCAUGUGCUUUAACUGCUAUCGAUAGCUAUCAAAAAGAAAAAAAAACUUAUAUACAAA